CGUUCAUCAACGUAUACUAGGCGUAGUCCCGCUCGUUUUGCACUUAUUACUGUAAACUCAGACUUGAAAAGAGAUUGUGAAGUUAUGGCCCUGGAAAUGGCUACCAGACGGUCGCAGACGUUAUGUGCUUAAAGAAUAUACAUGUACAUUUCCCAAUGUACAGGAACCACGACCAAAAAUGGACUGCAGUACCGUUAUAGCCAUCCUUGUAAUCGUCUUCGCUCCAAUAAAUUCUAGCCUAGAAGAGCUCAUGUUCCCCCACGGAGUUGCCGAAGGAGACACAUUUCUUCCACCAAACGACGAUGGGAGUUCCGGCAGGGUUCCGAUAUCCAAUCUUUUCCCUUUCUUCGAUCACAAUUAUGACUCCCUCUUUGUGAACACAAAUGGCCUGCUUUCCUUCGGUUUGGAGGUCUCUGACUAUGACCCAUUACCGUUUCCUCUUGGCGACGAUAAGCUAGUGGUGGCGGUGUUUUGGUGCGACGUGGACACAACCGCCGGUGGCAAUGUCACCUAUCGCGAACUUCUUGAUAAUUCAGAAAAUGUCAGGCUCUUCCGUCAGGCAGAUGACAUCGUUAGACGAUCAUUCAUUCAUCAGUCCAGGUUCUCGGCAAAGUGGAUGUUUAUUGCAACCUGGAACAAAGUUCCGUUUUAUGGAGCCAGAUGUGACGCCUUGAAAAUAACAAAUACAUUUCAAGCCUCACUGGUAACUGACGGCAGACAUUCCUUCGCCAUAUUCAAUUAUGAGGACAUCAAUUGGACUACCAGCCUAGUGAGUGGUGGUGAUAACUCUGGACUUGGAGGGACUCCCGCUCAAGUUGGUUUCAAUGCUGGCGAUGGCUUCAAUUUCUACGCUGUUCCCGAAUCAAGAACCGGAACGAUCGUUGACAUUGACCAAGAUUCCAAUAUCGGCACUACAGGACGCUUUCUGUUUCGCAUCGACAGUAGCAAUAUCAUUGAUACUGGGUGCAUUACUGAAGGAAGCGUGACUGUUUUCCCCGUGUCUGGCUCAAUGCUCGGUGGAGAUGUUGUCCACAUAUCGAGACCGUGUCUCGAUGCAUCUUCCACCAUUGUGUGCCGCUUUGCUGAUGCCGAGGUAUACGGGCAAGUAGUAUCUAACACUACAGCCAGCUGCGUGACCCCACUGGUAUUUGAAGUCGGUCGAUUGCCACUGAAGAUGUCAAGAAAUGGCGGGGAAUCCUUCGAUUUCACUGGCAUUUUUACAUACCUGAGUCCAGAGUUCAUCUCGCCACUUGUCAAGAUAUUGGACGCAGCUGAAUGGAACCAGCAAGAACCAGUGACCAUCAUGUGGGAUACCGAGCUACUCCAAGACUACAUGGACAAUGUUCGGAUCUAUGUCUAUAGCUACAAGGAGGACCUGCCAACCGGGACGGUUGAACUUGUUUUGGUAUACCGCAGCAAUCAAAUGAUUCCUUACAGAGAUGGCAUGUUCAAGUUCAGCCGCCCUCAGCCGCUAGAGGGAGUGACGUAUACCGUUGGUGUUGUCCGGGUUUCUCAGGACGGACCACAAGGUCAAAAUGAGUUGGCCUUACCUGGGAUGUGGAGCGACAUCCAUAACCUCCACUGGCUCUACCCUGUUCCUGAUCCUUCAACAUGGUGUGGGAAUUGGCUGGAAAGGGCCAAGUUGGACCUGGAGUUCCUCGCAGUAACUGAGCCCUGCCCGUGCACUCUGACCCAGGCUCUGGUCGACAAUGGCCGGUUCAGCCCACAUCCCCUGUGCAACCUAGAUACCCCACGUAACUGUGAAAAGUUCAAACCGGGGGCUGUGCACUGCGUCAGAGCCAACACACCAAGUGAAAUGGAAGGUGGACAAGAGUGUUGCUAUGGCAAGGAUGACAACAUUUUGAAUGUCUUAAGGUCGCAAGGUGGUGGUUUUGCUCAGCGUAGGCACUAUUAUGGGGUGUUGCCAUACAAGGUUGCUGGUCGUGUCCCCUACCUCUCCCACUGGCUAUCUGAUAUUCUACCGAUGGAACACUGCUGUGUGUUUUCUGCGGAUAAGUGUGAGCAGUAUAAAUAUGUGAGGCCUUCUCAGACAUGCGAGGGCUACAUAGCGCCCACACCCGCAAUUGCAGCCGGUGAUCCUCACCUGGUUAGCUUGGAUGGCAAAGAGUACACGUUCAAUGGUGUUGGCGAGUACACUCUGUUAGAAACUUGCAAUGGUUCCUUUGUUGCGCAGGCAAGGAACGCUGCCUUCGAUAUAGGAUUACCAUCAACUGUUGUUACUGCUUUGGUGGCCCUCGAAGCGGGUAUGUCAGAUCAGAUCCAAAUUGAGCUUAGUAAUCGGCGUGGUAUAGACGUGUGGUAUCGUCAGGAAAGCAACGACAGUGAAUGGACUAUGCUUGAAUUUGAAGAGACACGGAUCGCUCAAGUUGAUCUUAAGGGUGUNGAUGGUGUUCUACCGGGACGUCAACAAGUCGGGCGUAGUAGCCAAGAACGUUCUCGUACAUUUCCAAUGUGGAGUGUCCUUAGAUGUGUCUACCACGGCAGGAGUGCUCAACGUGUUCACCACGCUGCAGAAAAAAUUGAAGGGGCGGACCAGAGGACUGUACGGCAACUGGAAUAG